AUGGGUACAAAUGGUCAUAGCUACUGCUUUCAACGAGCUCGUAAAAGCCUUUUCCUGCUGCUACGGAACCAGGAACAUCCAAUAUCUUCUGCAAAGUACUCCACAACCAGCGGGCCGACCAGACGUCGUGUGGUAGUAACCGGGCUUGGAGUUGUAUCGCCGGUUGGCUGCAGUGUGGAAACGGCUUGGCAAACGAUUCUGUCAGGUCAAUCCAAAAUAGGCCGAUUGGUUGGAGAGCAAUUCGAAAAGCUUCCGUGCCGCGUAGCGGGUACGAUCGACAAGGACCAUAUCGAUGUGGAGAAAUAUUUCUCCAAAACGGAGUUAAAAACUAUGGCACGAGCUACCGCAUUUGCACUGAUCGCCGCCAAAGAAUCACUUGCAAUGGCAGCAUGGACACCGGCCAUUGACGAUGAAGAAUCCUGCCAGCGGACAGGUGUGGCUAUCGGCAUGGGUAUGGUGGAUCUGAUGGAUAUAUGCGAAACAAACGAGGCGCUGAAGAAAGGGUACAAUAGAGUCAGUCCCUUUUUCAUUCCACGCAUCUUACCCAACAUGCCGGCCGGUCAGCUUAGCAUACGGUAUGGGUUUCGUGGACCCAACCAUGCCGUUUCGACGGCAUGUGCGACAGGUGCGCAUGCAAUCGGCGAUGCGUUUCGCUUCAUACAGCACGACGAUGCGGACGUGAUGGUGUGUGGCGGUGCGGAAUCAUGCAUCAGUCCGUUGGGCAUUGCUGGGUUCUGCCGAUUACGGGCUCUAAGCACCGCGUUUAACGAUGAACCAACGGCAUCGUCCAGACCGUUCGAUGAGCGUCGCGAUGGGUUUGUCAUGGGUGAAGGAUCAGCCAUAUUUGUGCUCGAAGAACUGGAACAUGCCAAACGACGGGGAGCUCAAAUUUAUGCCGAGAUACUCGGCUACGGAUUGUCUGGAGAUGCAUCUCAUCUGACCGCACCACGGGAAGACGGUACGGGAGCACUUCUGGCCAUGAGACGAGCGAUUGCCGAUGCGGGCCGAACGGUUGCAGACAUUGGGUACAUCAACGCGCAUGCCACGUCCACUCCGAUCGGGGACGCAAUAGAGGCACGUUCAAUAAGAACACUUUUCGGCGAGCAUGUCGGGUCCGUGACAGUCUCAUCCACUAAAGGAGCCCAUGGACAUCUGUUGGGUGCGGCAGGUAAUUUGGAAGCGUUGUUCGUAGUGAUGGCCUGCAGACACGGUGUGCUUCCUCCCACGGUUAACUUGGAGAAGGUAACGGAUGAUAUGGCAGGUUUGCAUUAUGUGGCCAACCGAUCCGAACCAUGGGAAGGUAAUCGUCGUCGUAUCGCGUUGAAAAACUCGUUCGGUUUUGGUGGCACUAAUGCUUGUCUCUGUAUUGGUGAGUAUGGCGAAUAA